AAAAAAAAAAAUCCGAACUUUUCUCUCUCUUUCAGUCUUUCUCCUCUUUUGCCCAAUUCUUUCAAGAUCCAACUAUUCUUCCUUCAAGCAAAAGACCCAUAAAAAAUGUCACCCACAACCACAACUUACGGCACCAUCAACUCCACUCCAACCUCCACUUCCACAAGCGCCAAACGCACGCGCCGCCCAUGGCCAGAACUCUUCUCCAUCUCCUCCUUCUCCCUCCCCAUCUCCUCCGCCGAAGCCAAAACCCGGAUAAAGCUAAACCUUUCCUACUUCCGCGUAAACUACGUAAUCAUAAUGCUAACAAUCGUUUUCUUAACUCUCCUUUGGCACCCAACUUCAAUGAUCGUUUUUUUGAUAACUUUCAUAUUCUGGUGGUUUUUUUACCUCUUUAAUGACAACCCAGUUGUUGUUUUCAACAAAACGGUGGAUGAUAAUAUUGUUUUGGGGGUUUUGAGUUUCGCUACCGUGCUUUUAUUGGUUUUGACUCAUGUGGGUGUUAAUGUUUUAGUGGGGUUGAUUAUUGGGGUGGUUGUUGUAGGUGUUCAUGCUGCCUUCAGAGGAACUGAAGAUUUUGGUUUUUCUGUGGAAGUAGAGGAGGAAAAUGGGUUGCCUUCUGUUGUUGGAAGUCAGCCUUUGAGGCCUACUUCUGGAUAUAAUAGGAUUUGAUUUUUGGAUUUUUUUUUGGUGUUGAAUUGUUGGGAAAGUAGUGUUUUGGGGGUUUGAUUUGAAGUGGUUUGUGGUUUUGGGGGUUUUAUUGCUUUGCGAAUGUGAAAAUUGGAUUAGGAGAAUGGUUGUUUCAUUUUUGCUAAAUGAGUGGUUAGGAUUUUGGUUGAGGACUGGCUUGUGGUUAUGGUGUUAUUGAUUUAAGCUUUGAGGAAGAUGGUAUUUGAGGCCUUACGUGCUGCAUUCAUGCAUUCUUUGAAAUUGAAUUAGAGCUGGUAUCAUGGUGUUUUUAGUUUGAAAUUGUUAUGAAAUUUGGUGGUUUUUGGGGAUUUGACUUGAGCUGGUAUGAUGGAGAUCAUGUUUCUGGUACUGGUAUUUUCUGUUUAUAAUUGUGGAGCUAGGAUUGGAAGUCUAUUUAUGAUCCUUUUAGUGGUUAAUAUUUGAGGCAUUACUUAUUUCAUUCACGAAAUGAUCCCUUGAUCAUUCUUCAUCUGAAGUUGCCACUUUUAUCGGAUAACAAAGUUGCACUAUUGGGGCUUGGAUUAGAAGUGGGUAUCACAGGUUGUUUUGAAUUUCCUUCUCAUUGGUUGUAGCUCAAAGGUGGCGAGAUCUUGUGGCAUAAUGGUGUACUUCAUAUAUUGUGGAAACAGAGGAGAAUGUUGUGGCUGCUCAUUUGAUGGUGAGGCUGGAUUUUGCACUUUUGCCAAUUAACAUUAAGUUAAAUUUUGUGGCUGUAUGGACAAUGCUAUGUUACAAAGCGACAAGUAUGACACUGGCAUUUUCUUACUUGCAUUGUUGGUAUGGAAACUGAGAAGUGAUUAGUUUGUUACCUUAAUUGUACUGAUCCUACAAGGAACUUUGCUUUAGUCAUUCGAGUGUAAUCAAUAAUUAUUGGUUUCUGCUGUAGCACAAUCUGAAUGAAUCUAAUGAUCAAUCAAAUUUAUAGUUCUUUCCGUGCAAACUUGGUUUCUUAAAGCAUGUCUCAUAAUGGCUUUUUGACUAUGGCUAGCUAUGCUAGCAGCUUGUCACAGCAUGAUCAUUGGCUUUUUACAAUUUUCAUUCAGUAUUGUGUAAUAGUGGAGGUUGCCAAAGGCUUUAUCCAAGCAUUAUAUUCCCAUUAGUUUACAAUGAUUGUGAUCCUUUUUUUGUGAUUUAGCACUUUAUGAUAUGGUUUCCAGUGCCAUUGUCUUUUGGCGCUAACAGGUAGAAUUUGGUUUCCUCAUCUAGCUUAAGAAAGAAUGGGGUACUAGAUUUGCUGGCCUGUGGCUCCUAAAUUUUAUCUCUGAUUGUACCAAUAACUGGAUUAUGGAGUAGCUUGCAUCUCUUUAAGUAGCCAGUUUACCAUUUGACCGUCGGCAUUGUCAUAUUCUGGGUCUGCCUUCUGAAUCGUGAGACCUGAUUAGUAAUUGCAAAUGUUACCCGAAUCCUACUUCAAGGCAAAAAUGGUCGUUGUUGCUAGCAGUAUUUGCUUAUAUGAAAGUUUUCUUUUCUGCUAGUGCGUUAUACAUUAUUGUUGCAAGCUCCAAUAGAUUUCUUUAUGAAUUUGAAGCUUCAAGUGCCCAUGUUUUUGUUAUCCUACGUACUCCAACACUUAAACAGCAUAUUUCCAGUUGCAAGGCAUGCCUGGUUUAGUU